UAGCCGACGUACUAGGUCCAUGCUCCAUGCUGCAGGCACGGGUCAUCAACAAUCAACACGCCUGAUAGCAGAAUUCCUCCAUGAUCCAACCCAAUCCAUGUCAACUGAUCCUCAACAUCUCAAGUUGAAUGAAGGCCGACACCACUAAGUACUGUAGCCGCUUUUUUCAAUUAUCAAGAAAUAUCUAAUUAGUUUUAAUUAAGUGGAAGCUCGUGGUGUGUUUUACUAACUUUCGUGUUAGCGUUUUCCGGAGAUCGCUGUGUGUAACCUGUACCAAGCCCUUGGGGUGGACACUUCUUGCUCUAUUAGUUCAGUUCUCAGUUUGUCUUCAGGUAUCUUUUCAUUCAAUUUUUACAAUGUCGAAACCGAAGUUUGGACCUAAUGAUAAAGUUUUUGCGAAAGUCCGUGGUUACCCCCCUUGGCCAGCAAGAGUUGAAGGUCUUGCAGAUGAAACUCCUAACAAGAUGAAGUACCAUGUCUUUUUUUACGGAACUCGAGAGACUGCUGUCUGCAAAGCAGAAGAUAUAUUUGAUUUCCAUGAAAAUGAAGCCAAAUACUCUAAAAGUGUGAAAAGGAAAUUUUAUGCUGAAGCUUUGGAAGAAAUUGCUGCUGACAUGUCUGAACCCGGCAAAAAAUUUAAAACAGCGGCCUCAUCCAGCUCAGCCGAUCAGAAGGCUGAUAAUGACAACACUGACACGGAAGGCGAACUCGUUAUAGAUGAAGAUGCCGAUAAAGGCAAACAAGCAACCUCAAAGAAACGGAAAGCUAGUUUAAACUCAUCAUCUAGUGAGCCAGAAUCCAAGAAAAUCAAGCGGCAAAGUCUACCUGUGGCAAAGAAAAUUAAUAACACUGAGUCUACACCAACAGAGCCCAAUUCAGGAGUCAAAGUUGUUUCUCGUUCGGGUCGCAAAAUCAAACCCAAAAAAUUCUUAUAUGAACCAGGUUCAGAAAGUGUUAAUGAUUCUAAUAGUAGUGGAGCUUUGAGUGCACCUGCCGAAACAAAAGGACGGAAGUCUAUUUCUAAACCAGCCAAUGAAAAUUCAGCUCUCAACUCUAACCUGGAUAAACCUGUUGGCAAAAUGAUCACAGCUGAAGUAGAAUCAGUAGAAGGGGAUUUGAUCACCGCUAACACACCUGAUGGUAAAAAAAUUCGUGUGAAUCGUAAUUCUGUCAAGGAAACACCAACUCCUAAAGCAAAAAUUACUAUCACCGAUUCCAGUAUUGUCAACUUGGAUAAACUUAAGGAAACCAAUCUGGGUGCAAUCUACAACCAGUUCAAAACAGAGAUUGACAAAGUUUCGAAGAACAACCAAGAAGGUCCUAGAGUCAAGUUAGAAUUUUUAAAAACAGAAGCUCAAUUAUUAGAUAUUGAUUGUAGGAUUAAAACUAGUUUAAGCUUAGCUAAAGCUAAUCCAAAUGAAUGCCUUCGUGCUUUAGAUGAACUGCUCGAAUUGAAACUAGAUCCACUGAUGUUGAAGAAACACCCUGAGGUAGUUGAAACCAGCAAAAAACUGAAGAAGUACAUCGGUAAUAUUCACAAAUGGGACAUGAGUGAUUCAGAGAAAGAAAUAUUUGCUGUCAAAUCGGCAGCUAUUCGGUCUAAAUCCGAACAUGUCUACAACAAAUUUAAAUCUCUGUUCACAAUUCCAAGUGGAGUUUCGUUCUGGCAGACUUUUACAAGUGAACUCGAAGAAUUCAACAAGAAAACAAACAAAAUGCCGCUAGAUGAUAUAUUCGGGCUAACUGAGGCUGACGCUCAGCCGGCUGAAACUGUAAAACAAGAAAACUGAUCAUUACUACAAUCUAAGGAAACGAAGUCUUAUUUUUGUUGUCGUGAUAAUGCUUCUUCAGUUCAUAUUUCAGCAUGAGUCUUCAGUAGCAUCACGCAGUUCUUCUUCAAAAGCGAUAGAUUAACUUCUGAACGUUUUCUUGCAAUAGAACACCUAAUCGGAGAAAAAGUCGAAAAAUCUGAAGUGGAUUUACAGCAUUCUUGCUUUAGGAGCCAAAGAUGUAUGUCUUCUAUCCACCAAUUGGAGGGGCUCCGCUUCUUGAAAUUUAAUGCAAUAAAAUUGAAGUAAGUAGCUAUUUUUUACAUUGUGAAUUGCCAACCUACCUUUCUCACACCUGGAACAUAUUGUAAUGAUUGUUUAAAAUUGGUUUUUUAUCCCAAAUGACUUUAAAAUAUUGCAAUUUUUCAUGGUGAGAAAAAAACAAUUUUAUUGCAUUAAUUUGCAAAGGUUUUUCAAUUUUUUUUUGCAUGUGCGGCUUGGGUAAAUGCCAAAUCGUCUUGUUUUUCCCUCACAAUAUUUCCUUCAUAAGGAAGCUUGUUUGCAAGAAACUUCGAAUUAUAAUAGCUGCAAAUUAUCAUGUAAGUUGCUGAAAGUAGAAUGGCUGUAACAUGAUCGCUGGUUCUCAUAUAUUCUUCAAAGGACCGCUGCUGUUUUUUUUUUUUUUUUUCCAAAUAAAACAGUGCAUUUCCUUAGGAUGGAGGACUUAAAUUUUUCCAAAUCAAGCAGCAGCUUCCUUUCAAAAAUAUACUCUUGCAAAUGUGGAGAAAAAGAAAAGAAAAAACUUUGCUCCGGCGUUAAGUAUGUUCUUUUUUUCCCAACAGAUAUUGUAACACUCAUCUGAUUUAAUCUCGAUGGAAGUGCCUGUUUUUUUUAAUUUUGAAUGAUAUAUUCCUCUAUAACUGUAAUUUUUCUUUGCACAUGUAUUGGCAUAUAUUUUUAUGUUCCCUCGUGACUAAGUGAGUUGAUCAAUUCCCCGUAGUCUUAAAGUUUUCUGGUCUUUUAAAAAAAAAUGAAUGGAAAAUGACGUUUAUUAAUUUUCAACUUACUUAGUAGAGACAAAAUGUCCUGACCUUGUCUCUCUCCAUUAUCAUCUGAUAAAAGUCAUUUUGAUACCUUUUUGGACCAUGAAUUUGUUAAAAGUCUGAAGACUUAUGUAAUUUGUAAUAUGCCUCAGCCCUGGUACACUUCAGUCUUUGAAGAGUUUUGAUGUGUGUUUCAUGAUGAAGUGAAUUUCCAAAACUUUGAGUGUAGAAGCUAACCUUGACACUUUAAGCAACUUUAAUUUCUGUAGUGAGUGGUUUUUUUUAUUUUUUUUAACUAUCACAUAAAACAAUCGAAUAUUAACUUCUAAGCCAUUUAUCAAUGGUAUUUAAUCAUUUUUCAAUCGCAAAAUGUUACGGAAUGGAUGACACUAUCUGUUAUAUUUUACUUAGCCUUAUUGUAAUCAAUAUUAUUCAUGGCUCUAAAGUUGCUCCAAUAUUUUGCUCCGUGGAGUGUUUUGUAUCCAGAAAUUUGUAAAGUAAACGUUUGAAGAAAAGGUUUAUUGUCACGAGGAACAAGAGGUGUGUUGAGAAUAAGCACAAAAUUGUUCAAAGAUGGAGGCAUUAAACCCAAAUUGAUGGGAAAACUGCAAAAAUGUGUAACUAGGUCGCGGUAUAUCAAAAUCUCUGCUCUUAUUUAACUUUUUAAUAGGAGUCUGAAUGUAACAGGAAACAUUAUGGGUUGAAUUUUUUGAAGAGAAUUCUUCACCGAGAAAAAAUAUCACUGAAGUUUUUAAAAAAUGACGUUAAGUAUUUUUCAAUGUAAAAAAUGAAGUAUGACAGGGUCUGCACCGCUGCAAACUGGGAUACGCAUUUCUGCUGUUUCACCAUUAAAAUAUUGUCUUGGGUCAGAUAUUGCCAACUGUCAUCCAUCUUUUCUAUUAGUUGGCAUUCAUAUUUCAAGUCCCUUAUUCCUUUUUUCCUUCAAUUUUUUAUUCAAAAAUAUGGACAGAACCUUUCAUGUCACUUGAAUUUACAAAAAUAUUUGGCAAGAAUGAUCAAAAUUAUUGUGAGUCCCUUUUUCUCUAGAUCCAAACAAUGUUUCCAACAAAAAUUUACCAGGAAGGUGUGGAAGUCACUCAGUUCUUCAAAGUUUGAAAUUUCAAUUUUUUUGCAGCACUGUUUUUUUUUUCAUGUUUCCUACUCAUGAAUGAAUUGUAGAAAGAUGUACAGAUUAAUAGCUCACAAAAAACCGUGGAAUUUUAUGAAAAUUUUCUGCCUCUCAUGAAUAGAAAGAGUGACGUAUAAUGAGCAAAUUAUUUUCACACUGCAAGUGAAAUUACAAUUUUUUCAGCAGUUUAAAACUGAGUAUGAAGCAGUGUGCUGAACCUUAAGCAUUUAUCAACAGUUUUUUAUACUUUACAUGGAGAGAUGAGGUAUUACUGAAUAAAAUGUAGGUAAAUAAUUAAUUUCUUCUCCUCUCAAACACUUGUUUUUUAAAUGGAGCUAUCGAUUUGUACCUAUAUUUGUGUCUCUUCACUUUUUGAAGUUUGAGGACUUUAUCUCUGUGGGGAGAAGUCUUCAAAUGAAAUAUUUAAAUUUUGACUGAUGUGCUUUUACUCAUGAAAAAGAAAGGACUGAUUCUAAAGGAGCACAAGUUCCUAUACGUUUAAAAAAUGUAUCAACUGAAGGAAGCGCAAAUUAUUUUCUUAAAUAUUUAACAAAAACUAAACCCCUUCUCAAGUUAUCAAAAAGUAUCUUAAUUUUUAAACAGGCACAUUCAUUUUGUUUCCUACCCUUUCGUUGUUUUUGCAUGUUGCCACAUGUAACAAUAAUCUGGUCGGUAUUAAUGUGUGUUAAUUUCUUGAUGUGGGGUGGAUCCUUGUAUUUUAAUCAAGAAAAACUAAUUUUGUUCUAAUUUCUAUGAGACCAUCACUAGAGCUGCUGCCUUUGUAUUAAAGUCUGUUAUUUUAAUCCUUAGGGUUACAGAAUGUGACCUUCACAUAUUCUGCAUUUUGCCCCUCAAAUUUUGCCAUGAACUAUUCAUACUUUUUAUGGGUAACUCCGGAUUAAGUAAGUUAAAUGAAACAAAAUACAAAAGAAGUAACUUAGAGUAAAAUGUGAUGAAGUUAGAGAAAAUGAGACAGCGAGUGAAGGGGUGAAACUCGAUGGAACCAUUUUACUCUGUCUUUAAAAAUAGGAUCAUUAUCGUUUGCUCUGAAGAAAACUCUUGAUUUCAGAAUAUGAUUUGAACACUCCCAAAGUCUUCAGAGUUCUUAACAGCAAAUUUUGCGGAGCCAAUUUUUAUGGACAGUGAAAUAUGGUUCGCCCGACUUUAACCCCUUUGCCUUAAGGCUCCUUUUUGCUAUGUCCAUACUACAUACACCCAAUAAACUUUUUUGAGUGACCAUCUGUCUUGAGGAUUUUCUGCACCCUAAAUAAAUUCAUUUGUAUCACUUUAUCUCUCUUUCUCUCUCUUUCUUCUGUAUUUUUUGUAAUCAUCGUAGCUUAAUUGAAUUAUUAUUAAUUCUUAACGCUAUAUCCUGUACAAUUCAAUAAUAAGUUGUUUUUUUCAACAAUAUCUCCAUAAGAAAUGUAUAUUUUUCGUUGAGUUCUUUAACAAUGGUUUUCUUAAGCAAAUAGAACAACAGUCAUGCUUGCAAAGAAAUUGUUGAGAAUUUACCAAGUUUUCUGUGCAUUUGUUGAAUGUAGGUACCUAUAUAUAUAUAUAGGUUCAUGUGUUCAUGCAGUUUUGCUCAAUCGGUUAUUUUCAGUGCUAAUGCAAGCUUUCCAUUGAUUUCAAAAUUAAUUUCCCAACAUUUUCUUUUUGAAUUGCAAACUCAUUUUCAGUUGUUGCCCUGCCAAAAAAGUAUGCAAAA